CUCUUGCGACGGGUCGGGGCGGUGACCGCGCUGAGGGCACGGAGGUGCGUGAGGAGCAUCCCCGGUCCCACCGCCCGGCAGGGCUGCGGUGGGUGAGGGAGCGGUGUCCGAACCGAGGGGUUGGUCCGGCUCGAGGGGUGCGGCGCUGAGCCGGCUUCGUCAGCUGAGCAGUUCUGCCUGGGAUAGGGCCGCGUGCUGAGAAAGGGAAUGGGAUAGCUGUCCUUCAGAAGUUUACUGGGAUAGAGUCAAGUACUCGAUCGUUCCAUCAUAACCUCCUCUUUUCUGCUCGUCCUAGCCGGACUGGUUGAGGCCGGGAGAUGUCGACCCCCCCUCUGGCUGGGGCGGGGAUGCCGCCGGGCGCCUUCUCGGGCACGCAGGCUCAGGCGGCCAGGGAGGUGAACACGGCUUCCCUCUGCCGCAUCGGCCAGGAGACCGUGCAGGACAUUGUGUUCCGAACCAUGGAAAUCUUCCAGUUACUGAGGAACAUGCAGUUACCAAAUGGCGUUACUUAUCAUACUGCAACAUAUCAAGACAGAUUGGGAAAGCUGCAGGAACAUCUCCGUCAGUUAUCAAUACUCUUCAGAAAACUGAGAUUGGUCUAUGACAAAUGCAAUGAAAACUGUGCUGGGCUCGAUCCUGUUCCCAUAGAACAACUUAUUCCAUAUGUUGAAGAAGAUGGCUCUAAGCAUGAUGAUCGUGGUGCUGCAAGUCAGCUUCGGUUUGCUAGUGAAGAGAGAAGGGAAAUUAUGGAAGUAAAUAAGAAACUGAAACAGAAGAAUCAGCAGCUGAAGCAGAUCAUGGAUCAGUUACGGAAUCUUAUUUGGGACAUAAAUGCCAUGUUGGCAAUGAGGAAUUGAACAAGGAAAAUCAAACGUUGUAUUUGAAGAAGAUACAAAUCUCAUUGGAUAUACUUAACUUCCUUGUAAGAAGAAACAUGUUUUCCUACAAUCAUAUUGCACUAAUGUUUGAAAAGUCUUCAAGAUUAAAAUGUUGGGUUUUUUUAAUAACUUAAAUGGUGUUGGAUUUGUUUUUAUAUAAGAUUCAUCCUACAGGUUUUGCCUGAGUGUUUCCCUUAGGCUGUACAGUGUCAGUAACUUAUAGUAAUAAUUUGGAUUGCUAUGCAAAUGAGGGGGUUUAUAAAUGAAGCGUUUCUGGAUUUUCUUUAUAAUACAAUUAACGAUUUUUAAAACGUGUUUGUAUGCCACUCUGCAGUGCAAACAGCCUCUACAGACAGGAAAAGCUGCAAGACAGGAAAGUCGCUUCAGAAAGCUACAGGGCCAAAAUCAUCAAUCAGAUACUGCAAUUCAAUAUGUUCCCCGUUGUGGGAACGUACGCUGCAGGCUAAUAUACUAUACAAGUUCAUCUCAUUCCAUAUCCUAUCAUUGGUAUAUGAUACCUUAGAUAAAUCAGGGCAAAAUCCAAAAGCUACAUAAAAAUUAUGUCCUUAUGGAUAUAAUUAGGUCUUUUUAAGGGAAGAGUAUCUUAACUUCUUUUGCAAUUGCAUGUUGUAAUUUCUUGAGUACUACUCUAGGUAUGGUAUGGUGAACCAUAGAAUCAUAGAAUAUGCUGAGUUGGAAGGGACUCGUCACG